AUGAAAAUUGCGCUUGUUACGCUGGUGGCGGGCUUGCAUAUUGCAAAAACACAGAAAGUGUCAACUCAAGAUGGCCCACUUCUUGGACAACGUCUGUCACUGUUGGGCAAGUCCCUUGACGUAUUCUAUGGAAUCCCAUAUGCCAAGCCUCCUGUAGGUGAUCUCCGCUUCAAGCACCCCCAACCUUCAGAGUCAUGGGGACCGGAUGUUAGAGAUGCACAGAAACCAACGCCAUCUUGCAUUCAACCUGAAGAUGUAUUCACAUCUCCAGAGGUUUACAGACAGGUCCCGGAUGAUACCAGUGAAGACUGCCUUCAUCUUACAGUGUGGGCGCCAUCAGACAAUGCUGGCAAUCUGGCAGUGAUGGUCUGGAUCUACGGGGGAGGUUUCUAUUUUGGAUCUUCACGAAUGCCACUAUAUGAAGGAAAAUAUCUUGCAGCAGAGAAUGACAUCAUCGUUGUUUCAAUGAAUUACAGACUGGGGCCAUUAGGGUUCAGCUAUCUGGGGCCAGAUACCAUCCCUGGAAACAUGGGCUUGAUGGAUCAACGACUUGCCUUACAGUGGGUGAAAGACAACAUUGCCAACUUUGGUGGAGAUCCAUCUCGGGUGACAAUAUUUGGAGAAAGUGCUGGUGGUGUCAGCGUAGGACACCACCUGGUGUCACCAUUGUCACGUGACUUAUUUCAGAGAGCCAUCAUGCAGAGCGGAUCCCCGAAUUUCCCAUGGGCUUACACUUUUCCACACACAGCAAAACGGAAAUUGAAGCAGUUUGCUGAUCUCCUUGGAUGCCCGUCAUCUUCAACUGAUGCAGAGAUCUAUGACUGUGUAAAGAAAGCAGAUGCUCAAACUAUGGCAGACCUUCAGCUUAGUGAUUUGUUAGAUGAAGGACUUGCAUUUGGUCCAGUUGUGGAUGGGCACUUCCUCCCCAAUGACCCCCAAACUCUUCUGACCACCGGUUCCAACAAGCAGGCUAGUGUAAUGCAUGGUUUUACUAAAGACGAGUUAACAUUGUCUAUAGCAGUUGCUUUGAAGCAGAUGAGAAACAUAUCUUCAUUACCGGAAACAUUGAUUUUAAGCCGCACAGAGUAUGAAAGUUUUCUUUCCUAUGAUAGAAUAGGUGGUAAAGGAUUUGAAGAGCCUCUUCGCCUGUUUUAUGAAAGUCAAACAUCCCGGUCUUAG